AUGGCCGGGAAGACCAUCAUUUUUGUUCGACAUGGUGAGUCUGAAUACAAUAAGGCCAUGCGCGCCACGGGCCAAGAUCCCUUCCUGCGCGAUGCGCCCCUGACGGAGACCGGACGCGCACAGGCGGAGGAGGCGCAAGGCGUCUUGCGAAAGCUGCAGGAGGAGGUCGGCAGUGAUGGUUGGCUGCUGCUGAGUUCGCCUUUGCAGCGAGCUCUCGAUACUGCAGCAGGUCUGUGGCCUUCACGUUUCUUUGCUCCGGCGGAGCGCUUGGAGCGCUUGGAAGUCUGGCCGGAGCUAAGGGAAGUGAUCACCGGCUGCGAUGAUUUGGGGUCCACGCCCCAAAGGUUGCUCGAGAAAUAUCCACAUCUGCAGCAGCUCAAUCUUCUGCCAGAGGUUUGGUGGACUGUGCCCGCGGCCUAUCAAAACCUCCCAGCGGAUGGCGAUGCCAUGAAGGAUGCCUACAAGGACGACGAAGAUGCCUUUGAGGACGCAGAUGAAGCCGUGUUUGACAGCCGCGUGGCGUUGUUGAUCGAAAAGCUGGCUGCAGUGCCUGAAAGCAAAAUAGUCGUGGUCGCCCACUGUGACCUGAUUGGAAAACUGACCAAAAAGAUGGGCCUGAAGGAAAAGACAACCUCUGGCGGCUUUAGGAAGGGCUGGUGGCUGAGCAACUGUGAAUGCCGAAUGCUCCGUGAUUUCCACUUCAGCUGA